GAAGUAUGUGUACCAGUAAUUCAGAUACUGGUAUAUAUAGUAUUCUAGUCUAGUCAAGGAGCAUGAUGAUAUGAUUCUUUGUAUUUUGGUGCGACUGGUCACUAGUAGUGUGAUGCAUGCAUGGCUUUCCCAUUCAAGGAAACGCGCAAUAUGUACUUGUAUUUCCUCCUUAAUGUAACAUGUGGUGAUAGAUAAGAUAAUACGCACGAACACCUGUCCACGUGUCACGAUUUCCCACGCAAAUCCACCGUUAACCAACUGUGCUCACUGCAUACUAAUUCAAAAUGGGUCCCACCUUGGGAGGCUGAGCUGUCUUAUUAGCUUCUUCUCCUCGUACGAACCUUGCCACCACCUUCCUUCAACGUUCCCCCAUCGCCAUUUACUCAGUCAUCAACCCCAGCUGGCUCCUCUUCAUUCUCUAACCCUCACUCUCCCACUCCUCACUUUAAUUUCCUCUUCUUCAACCUCCAAAUCCAAACCCAUAUCAUUAUUAUAUAUAUAACACCAUCGCUACCACACUCUCCAACAACUUAAACCUUCUAAACAUAUAUAACCAAUUCUCUUGUAUUUUCCCACUAAUGUUUACCUUCACUACUACUCACUCUAACUCCACCACAUGGCCGGCUGUUAACUCUGAAUUCUCCACUUCCUAUGACACUUCCUCGCCCGUUUCUGACGCAAGUACCAGUGGUGGUGGCGCUCAUGGUUUCGUGUUAUCUGACGAGGAGGUGCUGCUGGCGGCAACCCAUCCCAAGAAGCGAGCGGGGAGGAAGAAGUUCAAGGAGACACGUCACCCUGUGUAUAGGGGUGUGAGGAGGAGGAACUCUGAUAAGUGGGUUUGUGAAGUUAGGGAGCCAAACAAGAAGUCUAGGAUUUGGUUGGGGACAUUUCCCACGGCUGAGAUGGCGGCGCGUGCCCAUGACGUGGCAGCAAUCGCCUUGAGAGGCCGCCAUGCCUGCCUUAACUUUGCUGACUCUGCGUGGCGGCUACAGUUGCCUGCCACGUCAGAUGCCAAGGCCAUCCAGAAGGCUGCAGCAGAGGCUGCUGAGGCCUUCCGACCUAGGAUGGCCUUGGAGACUAAUGACAAUUCCAAAGAAAGUAUCGAUGAUGAGGUGGCAGUGGCGGCAGCCGUGCCAAAAGAAGAGGAACAAGGAGUGUUUUGUAUGGAGGAGGAAGAGGCCGAGACGGUGUUGGGAUUGCCGGAAUCGUUGAGAAAUAUGGUGCUCAUGUCCCCAACACAUUGCAUGGGGUAUGAGUACGGAUAUGCUGACGUGGACGUUGGUGAUACUGAGGUGUCAUUAUGGAGUUUUCCAAUUUAGUUUUUUGACUAAUGUGUUUGUCUGGUUUUGUUUUCUUUUUUGUAAUGCAUGUAUCUGUACUUGUUUUUAAUCUCUUGUACGGAUACUCUUUUGAUAAAGACUCAAACAAUAAUGUCUCUUCAUUUUCCCUUAUUGUGAGCCCCUAGUUCUUUUAUAGUGAAAGUGAAUAGGAAUGGGUAGGAAUGAAGUUAUUCAUGUACAAAGGAUAUCAUUGAUGUUUUUGGAUGAGAAUCCUUUAAUUAGCAGCAAUCAUAGCAGUGCUACUUCUUUGAUGAUUGAAAUUUGAA